AUGGACCAAGAGACGGCAAAGAAGCUUCUCGUUGAAGGGGGAACGUUUGUCUUCUUGGGAGUCCCUCAAGAGACACAAUUUGGUAUUGACAUGCAAUGUUGGAAUACGGAGGAAGAUUUUCGCGGAAUUAAGAUGAUACCACCAGGGCUACACUACGUACAUUAUUCCGCCGUUAGCAAAGGCACAGGCGACGUUUCACCCAGGUCAGGAUUCAUGCAAUAUUUUCAUAAAAAAGAUUUCAUCGUAAAAAUGUGGGAUAAAAAAACAGAAGAUAUCAGCAAGGAAGAAAUUAGUGAAGAGAGUAUUCAGCGGCUUAAAGACAACUUGUUCAACUUAGACCGACACUUGGCUCCUUAUCCUUAUGAAAUUUGGCAAAAGUGGAGGCUUUUAACAUCACAGAUAACAGCUGAGCUAGCUGCAAAGUUGUCUCCGGAAAAUGGUUUGAUCAGAGCAUCAGUAGAGUUGCUCUCUAUGACUGAUGCAGAAAGACCAAGGGGUGUUAAGUCUUCUGAAGGUUCUAUGGAUUCAGAGGAGGUUGUUGAAGAAUCAUCCACUAAAGUGGGAGAUACUGAGGAGGAAUCUUCUUCAGGACAGUCUGAUGCGAAAAGAGCAAAAAGAAUAACUAGGGAAGAGAAGGAAGAGGCCAUGCUGCCAGAUUUAAAGCCAGCUCCUGGUACAGCUAUGCGAUUCACAGAAAUUCCUCGAGACAAGUAUCCCCCUGGUUCAACACCGGAAGAAAUCACAAAGCAUUACCUGGAUCAGUCUUACACUUUGGAAAUCAUGAUUGCACAGCAUGAUGAGCCACUCCACAUCAUAGGAGAGCUGCAAUUUGCAUAUUUGUGCUUUCUCAUUGGCCAUUCUUUAGAAGCAUUUGAGCACUGGAAGAACCUUGUGAUAUUGAUCUGCUCUUGCGAUGACGCUAUCCACAAAUACAGGAGUGUUUUCUUCCAUUUCAUCAGGACCAUUGAGAUUCAAAUCGAAGAGAUGCCGGAGGAUUUCUUAGCAGACAUUGUUAUGAAUAAGAACCUAGUUUAUAAAAAGUUGCGCGAGUUCUUUCGCACUGCAUAUGUCAGCAAAGUUGAUGGCAGAUUAUUGACUAUGAUUGAGAGAUUUAAGGAAAAUUUGACAGAUAAACUACAAUGGGAUUUCACUGGAUUGGACGCUGAUGAAGAAGAUGAAAGACCAGUUAUUGUAAAACUGGAUGAAGCUGAGGGAAAUGAA